UCUACAGCCCAAUUAAAAACCUCAUUUCUUCUCUCCAGGAAAGAGGGAUUCUAUUUCAGGACGAACGGACACAGAUGCAUGGAUGCACGUGAUCAGCUACCAGCUGUAGUAGAAUUGAAACCCUCUCUCCUCUACCUCGCGACGUAGUAGUCAGUGCACACAGAAGGUGGAUGCAGAUAGAUGCAUUGCAUUGUCACCAUCGUAGCACCUCCCUCUCUCUCUCCCCUUUUCGUUCCGAGGAAGGAAGCACCACAGGGCCAGCAGAGAUGUCUGGAAAAGGGAAGAGGCGAAGCGCUAGAUUGUUGAAGCUGGAAGAGCAGAAGAACGACGGCGGCGCCGUCUGCUUCCUUGACCCCUGGCAGAUCAUCCGGAACAGCAUUUCCGGUCCGAGCGCGCGAGGGAAAAGGAAAAGGAAUGAAGGAAUCCAGCCGCAGGGAGAAGCUUCUUGCAGCCGCCAGGAGCCACUGUAUGCAGGAAACAGCAAUAGCUUACCAAGCCAAACCUCGGUAGGACAGAUCAUCGAGUAUAUCCUUGACGAGUUGGAGAUGAGAGACAGGCAUGAGCUGUUUGCAAUGCCAGACGACAUCCAGGUGACUGAUUAUGCAGAGCUGGUGAGCAGGCCCGGUGACUUCGCGACACUGAGACAGAAGAACAGGGAUGGCAUGUACACGGCACUGGAGCAAUUCGAGAACGAUGUUUACAUGGUGUUCCAGAAAGCGAUAACGAUGAACAGCCAGGACACCGUGCCUUUCAGAGAGGGCAUGGCGCUGCUGGAUCAAGCCAAGCUGGUGUUCAUGUCCCUGAGGAGCAACCAGAUGUUCUCGGAGUCGGAGCUCGCGGCGUGGCGCCAGAGGCACGCGGACCAGAUGCAGCAGCCGAUCACGCCGGAGGGAAGAGAGGGCGGCGGCAGGGGACCACCACGUCACACGGCUGCUGCGCCGCUGUUGCAGCCGUCCGCCGCCACGCCGAGGAAGAGGAGCGCCGCCGAGACGAAGAAGCAGGAGGACGCCCGCACCGGCGGGAACGCUACGGGGAACCAGAGAGGGAGGCCGCGCGGCGCCAGGGAGACCAAGGCCACGGCGCCCACGCCGCCGGGAAAGAGGGCGAGAAAAGCAGCAACGGCGGGCUUUAACGGCGGCCGCGGUCUGGUGGCUCGAAGAAGGCUCACUUACAAUGACGAAGCUGCUGCCGAUCAAGGCUGGCGGGAGAUAGCGGCGACGCCGGUCUUCCAAGGCCGGCACGUUACACUCAGAGACCAGCCGCAGGAGCAGACGUUCCGAGGCAGCCUGCAGCGCUUCGUGCGGCACGCGGGGCUGAAGGCGCGCGUGGCCGCCGAGUUCAGGAGCCUCGAGUGCGUCGCGCGGGCCAGGCACUGCCCCGUCCCGCAGUGCUGGAACGGCUUCGCUCCCAGCGCCGGUUUCCUCCCGCCGUCGCCCCGGCCUCCGGGCGCCGCCGCCGCGGAGCCGGGGACGUCGUCAGAUCAGCAGGCGGCGGCGCCGGAGUGCAAGCUGGAGACGGACGAGGUGCUCAAGCUCUUCGUGCUCAUGGGCACGCCCGCUGCGUUCUUGAGCAGAGCCAAGAAAAUGUUCGGCCAAGAUGAGCCAGAGAAAAGCGCGCAACCGGCCAAGGCUGCCGACGACGCCCGGGCGCGCGCUGGCGCUGCAACGACGGCCGAGACUGGGCACGGGAAGAAGAGCAGCGCGAGCGAGCCAUCGGCCGCCGCGUGCGGGCCGUUCGCGCCGCCCAAGUUGGUCCCCGGCCGGCUGGGCUUCGGCCAGUUCGCCGCCUCUUCAGCACGUCCGUUCAAGCUGAACUCCAAGCCUUCGGCGUCAAAUGAUUCCGGCAAGAAGAAACUUCAGUGAAAGCAUAGCAGCUCAUCCAUCUUUAUCAUCUGUAUCCAUCGAUCAUAAUCCAUAUACUGAUGAUCCCUGAAUAAAUAUAAAAUGCAGGCAGGUUAUACCCA